AUGGCUGACUUACAGAGAACGUGGUCCGGCUCUACUCUCUGUAGCGACUUCAAUGAAGGUCCAUCUCGUCCCCAUACGCCCACAACAUCUGAAAACUACCGCCUUGCCGUUUCCUAUAUGCAAGACGCCCAUGAAACCGAAAUCGCAGGGAGUUACAAGAAGGCUUUUAACCUCUACUCUCGUGCAGGAAAUCUGUUUGGGACUGUGAUUGAUGACGCCGACCGAUAUUCGGUUGAGCGAGCACGGUCGAAGAUGCAGUACUGUGUCGCGAAGACGCGGAGGGCGAUGCUGAUGCCCGCUGCUACGAAGACGGGACCGCCGCCAUCGUUUUAUCUCCCUUCCCGGAGAACGGUUUCUCUUGAACUGGAGAGCGACUCGGGGAUCGUGCCCUUGCCAUCGAUCGAAGCAGAGCCACCCGCUUCAGAUCGCUCCUCAAAUGCCUCCACAUCUACCCGUUUCUAUACUACCCGACUACCAAAAGAGACAAGCUUGACAUCGUACCAUGUCUACAGCGAGAUCUCCAAACGGGCAGGCAAAUACCAUUUCGACUUCCAGGUCAAGGAUUCCUCAAAAAUUCACACCCUCUACACCCUCUCCGCCAGCCGCGCGCCUUGGACACAGUUCAAGACCUGCACGCUCUCCCGCGCCGCCGAGUACCACGAGAACUGCUCGCGAGUCACUAUCGAGCAGAUUGACUCGUCGCGGUGGGCAGCUGCCGAUGCCGCCCAAAUAGGGAGGACCAUAACCGCGACUGUUCCUGAUGGGAGGGGAACAAAGGUAUCCACCGUUCCCGACCGCGUUGAUAAAUCAUGGGCGCCCCGGCGGUUUACUUAUGGCGGGAGGCGGUUCGUCUGGAAACCUACCUGGGACCUUGGUGUUCCGAAUCUCAACUCCACCGAGGCUCUGUACGAGGUGAAGGAUGAGUGGGACUCACCGAGGAGCAAGACUGGGAAGAAGAUGGAUGAGACGUUUGAUCGGCCGUUGGUCAAAGUCCAGGGGAAGAGCCUGUCGAUUGAUAAAGCGGCGACGGUGUGGAUAGACGCGGCCCUUGACCAGGUGUUUCGGGAGUUCAUUCUGGCUACUAUCUUGACGAGGUACUUGAUUGCGUUCCACGGACAUGAUUGA